AUGUUUUUUCCGUCCACCACAACCCUUGCCUCGCCUCAGCAGCUCUGUCCAGACGUAGAUGUAAACUUCAUCUCAUACAUCUUCCAGGAUGCCUUUGGAUUGAAGGUGCAAGUCAAAUAUCAAGGUCCUUUACAAUGCCCUCUCAUCCUGAUGUCCUUUAGAUGCACGGACAAGCUUUAUUUAAUUUUACAGAUGCAGGUACAAGCAGUAUUUAAUCAUACAGAUGCAGGGACAAGCAGUAUAAAAUCUUACGGACAAGCUUUAUUUAAUCUUACAGAAGCAGGGACAAGCAAAGCAGGGACAAGCAGUAGCCAAGAAAUUACACAACACAUCUUUACAGAAUCUGAAAGAGACAAGCAACACCAAUUUUACAGAAGCAGAGACAAGCAACACACAAAUCUUACACAGGGACAAGCAGUAGCCAAUCUUACAGACAGACAAGCAACACACAAUCCUAAAGAUACAGAGACAAGCAACACACCAUCCAUACAGAAGCAGAGACAAGCAACACACCAUCCAUACAGAAGCAGAGACAAGCAACACACAAUCCUACAGAAGCAGAGACAAGCAACACACAAUCCUACAGAAGCAGAGACAAGCAACACACAAUCCUAUACAGAAGCAGAGACAAGCAACACACAAUCCUAUACAGAAGCAGAGACAAGCAACACACAAUCCUAUACAGAAGCAGAGACAAGCAACACACAAUCCUAUACAGAAGCAGAGACAAGCAACACACAAUCUCACAGAAGCAGAGACAAGCAACACACAAUUCUACAGAAGCGGAGACAAGCAACACACAAUCCUAUACAGAAGCAGAGACAAGCAACACACAAUUCUACAGAAGCAGAGACAAGCAACACACAAUCCUACAGAAGCAGAGACAAGCAACACACAAUCCUACAGAAGCAGAGACAAGCAACACACAAUUCUACAGAAGCAGAGACAAGCAACACACAAUCCUACAGAAGCAGAGACAAGCAACACACAAUCCUACAGAGGCAGAGACAAGCAACACCAAUCCUAUACAGAAGCAGAGACAAGCAACACACAAUCUCACAGAAGCAGAGACAAGCAACACACAAUCCCACAGAAGCAGAGACAAGCAACACACAAUCCUAUACAGAAGCAGAGAUGAGCAACACACAGUUCUACAGAAGCAGAGACAAGCAACACACAAUCCUAUACAGAAACAGAGACAAGCAACACACAAUCCCACAGAAGCAGAGACAAGCAACACACAAUCCUACAGAAGCAGAGACAAGCAACACACAAUCCCACAGAAGCAGAGACAAGCAACACACAAUCCUAUACAGAAGCAGAGACAAGCAACACACAAUCCUAUACAGAAGCAGAAACAAAAACAGAGACAAGCAACACACAAUCCCACAGAAACAGACAAGUAACACACCAUCCACACAGAAGCAGAAACAAGCAACACACAAUCCCACAGAAGAAGAGACAAGCAACACACAAUCCUACAGAAGCAGAAACAACCAACACACAAUCGUACAGAAGAAGAGACAAGCAACACACAAUCCUACAGAAGCAGAGACAAAAGCAGAGAUGAGCAACACACAAUCCUACAGAAGCAGAGACGAGCAACACACAAUCCUACAGAAGCAGAGACAAGCAACACACAAUCCUACAGAAGCAGAGACAAGCAACACACAAUCCUACAGAAGCAGAGACAAGCAACACACAAUCCUACAGAUGCAGAGACAAGCAACACACAAUUCUACAGAAGCAGAGAUGAGCAACACCUAA